AGAUAUCUACUGAAUGAGAUCAUAAAGUGACCUUACUCUAUGAUCAGACAUUAAGGAAACAUGCUAUGUUGAAGUGCUGGCUUCUCUGACAACAAUGCAGCAGCCAGUAUGUCCUCCUUCUAACUUUAGAUUCUGCUCCUGAAUGCUCUGGAUUUGUUUGGACCAGAGAAGGUCUCCCAAACACAUGAACACCCACAAAGACAUAAAAAAAAGUUUUGUAAUUGGCUUGGCUGUUUAGUGAUGAAGCUAAGUGAGUCUGUUCUUUCUCCAAAGAAGUCUCCGUGCUGCAUGUUUCAGUGUAUUUGAAGGUACAACAAACAUGACUGAGCAGAAACUCAUCAAAUAAAUAAAACAUUGAUGCAGCUUUAAGUUUUCAUAUCAAAUCAUCCACAAAGCUGCAGGUUACAGUCUCUGUAGUGGGGCGUAUGCAGAGGGGAGAGGGGAGGGGUGUGUUUUGUGUUUGGAGGAGGGACUCCAUCAUUUAGAGAAGUGAGAACAAGUUCCUCACUGACCAGUGAAGACGGAACAAGAGCGUCUUAAACCAUCAGAGUGUUGAACAUGAGAGUCCAUCAGACUUUGAUCUGCUUCUUCUUCCUCAAUCUGACGGAUGGAUUCCCUUUUCAUGAAGAUAUCGGUGUCCGUGAAGGAACUGAAGGAGGAAACAUCGAAGUUGGAUGCAGCUUUAAAUCUUCUGGAAGCAGGAAGGUUUUCUGUAGAAAGGACUGUGAAGAUGAAGACAUUCUUUGCAACACCACAGAUGUCAGUGCUCAGUGUGGCAGAUACAGCAUUGAAUUAAGAAAAAAUGAACUAUUGUCUACAGUUUUUUAUGUGAGCAUCACAAAUUUGAGAAAGUCUGACUCUGGAUCGUACACAUGUUGGUUGGGGAGAGAUUGGACUCCAGAUUCAAGUGAGACGUUUGAGCUCAGAGUUAAAGAUGCUACAACCACCUCUAAACCAAACACGACUCCUAAACCAUCAUCGACCCGCUCGACCUCCACACUGACCACAGCGCAGACUGUGAGCGUCAGUUCAGGAAGCACCACGACUUCAUCACACUCGUCUAACACAACCACGACUGAGCAGCUCUCAUCAGCUUCUGGUUCAGGCUUGGUGCUGUAUGUGCGUCUGAUCCUGGUCUUCAUAUUUAUGGUCUCAUCAGCAGCUGUGCUGAUAGUCUGCAGGAGGAGGACCAGAACACCUGAAGAGCCUCCUAUGGAACUAAUUUAUGUCAACAUCAACAAUGACAAUGCGAUGCAUGAGGACGUCGGAGAGGCCGAUCAAGCGUAUGACGACAUCCAAGAGGAGUACAGACAGGGCGGACUUCCUCCUGUGGAAACAUCUUGACUUUAAACUUUAUGUUGCAUUGAAUCCAGAGCAGUUUGUUGUUCAAUCUUUUGGGAACAUUAUUUCAGUCAAACUCGCGUUUAUAUAGCUUAAAAUGUUUACUGCUGCAGUUUGUGUUUGGCGUCCGGGCUCCGACCUCAUCACUCCUAACAGUUUUCAUUUACAUGCAGAAAUCUGAGGAGUGAUGUGAUGAUAUUUUAAACACCCCUGUCAGAGCCAACAGGUGGAUGCUGGUGGUGGGGGUGCUGCUGAGCGAAAGUGCAGUACUGGUGCAGGUCAAUGAAAGAGACCGGAAAUCUUGCAGCUUAAAUAAACAGCUAAUAGGAAGGAUGUGUUGUCAGGUGAUCGUUGAGAAUGAUGUCAAGUGCAAUCAAUAAAGCUUGAGCUGCCUUCCUGAACUAGCCCGCAGGCGUCGACUGGUCUUCACUGCACAGCAGAACAGAGAUAAGAUCGUAAAAAUGUGGUUGACAUUUUAAAAAACGUUGUUUUUAUUAACUUUAACUUAAAUUUCUCGGUAAUCUGAGAGAUAAAAAUGUUGUUAAGGUAAUGUUGUAACCUUUAUACUGCCAGAAGGUAGAGGAAGGAAAAAAAAAACGAUUUAUGUAAAAAUCGAGAUUCUUCCCUUCUAAGAAUUAAAAUCGAUUCCUAACUUCCAAAAAUCGAUUAUUAUUAUUUAUUUCAUUUUUUUUGGGCUAAUCAGUCACUCCCUGCUAAGUGCUAAUGCUAGCUCUUUAACUCAGCAGAAUGCAGGACAAUGGAGCAGCAAGAAAUUCAGCCAGUCUCACAGACGACUGGAGUAGAUCCUGAAGUAUGUGCUCAUUCAUAAACAGACUUUGAAUAAUGAAUCAGUGGAUCAAAAAAAAAUAUUUUGAAUCGAAGAUCGAUUCUGAAUUGAAUCGUGAGACACCCAGAGAUUCCCAGCCCUACCAGAAGGUCCUUACUUUAUUUCAAAAUAAAAGCAGGGUUGAAUUCAAACAGCAAGUGAAGCACUCUCAGUUUAAGACGGUACAAAAUUUCAAAAUAAAAGCCUAACAAAUGGGAAAUAACAAAAUACUUAAAAUGUUAAUUGUUUGACAUCCCUAAUUUAAAUGCAACCAAACCUCUCUCCACAUUGUUCCCAAACCUGGCACUUCAAACUAAAACAGCGUGUUUUAGGUGAAAAACGUCUUAAAAUAAUGAGUCUGAGAAUAAAUAAAGAAGGAACAGAAGAUUAAAUGUAAAUGUUUUUAAUGAAAAUAAAGUCGACAUGAAUCGAACAUUGGCAGUUUAAACAGUAUACGGUCUUUUACAAAACAUUUGAAAUAAAUCUUUUUUAUUUGAUCUGAACACCGAGCCGUCCUGCAGUGUGACUGACUCUGCUUUUCACAGCCGCUGGUGACGGUGUCGUUUGUCAAAGACACUGCAGCACGUUGAUGCUGUCAAAGAUAAAAGUACAAAAAAUAGAUCGACUUCCGUCACACGUGUUCGUCGUCUACACCGCUCCAUGUCGGAACAACAGCUUAACUUUAACCACAUAAAUAAUAUUUACACGGACGUGAUGCCUCGACAUGACGCUGCACAAACUGCUGCGUCACUCGUCAAUGUUGUCGCUAAAAAACAAA